GGCCACCCUAGCCCCAGGGCCAGGGUCUGUGCCAGGUGUGGGUGGUGGAUUUGGAAAGACGGGGUGAGUCAUCAGGCCCAGCCACACCUGCUUUCAACUUAAGGUCCCAGCAGCCAUCCCUGACACCACCAUUGCCUGUCCCACCGUCCCAGCCAUGGCAGGGAGCUCUAACGUGCCACACAAGACCUCGCUGCCCGAGGGUGUCAGAGUGGGCACCGUGAUGAGAAUCCGUGGUGUUGUCCCCGACAAGGCUCGCAGGUUUCACGUGAACCUGCUGUGCGGCGAGGAGGAGGGCGCUGAGGCGGCGCUGCAUUUCAACCCCCGGAUGGACGAGUCCACGGUGGUCUUCAACACCAAGGAGCGCGGGGGCUGGGGCCAGGAGGAGCGCGGCCACGGCCUUCCCUUCCAGCGCGGGCAGCCCUUCGACGUGCUCCUCAUCGCCACGGAGGAGGGUUUCAAGGCGGUGGUGGGCGACGCGGAGAUCCACCACUUCCGCUACCGCAUCCCGCCGGCGCGCGUGCGGCUGCUGGAGGUGGGCGGGGACCUGCAGCUGGAGUCGGUGUAGGUCUUCUGAGCCCCGGCGGAGGGACCUGGGCGGCAAUAAAGUCUGAGCCCCGCGUCCGGGCGCCCGCA